AUGGAGCAAUCCAAUGGCAAUCGAAAGCAUAGCUUCGAUCAGGCUCAAUCCACUGAGUCCACAAAAGCCUCUGUUGCGCUCGGCAUGGCGGAGAGUUGCAGCAAUAAGAGGAAACUCUUCGCCAUUGACGAGCGCGAAGAGAGCUCUCCCGUAACCGUGAGUGAGUUAGAGCCUGAAGUGGAGGCAGCCUACGAUGCGGAUGUGGAUGAGCUGGAGCAACCCGUGGGUUGUCCGCCGCUAAGCAAAUUGCCAAGCGAGCGUGAAAUAAUCUACGAGUUGUUCCAGCCCUGGGCACUAAAGACUUACGGCGAUCAGGCAAAGACCAAGACAAUAACACUGCGCAAGAAGGCACGCAUUUUGAAAGCACUUGAGGGCAAGGAACACAGUCGUCCGGAUAGUUCGAAGUUUCGAUUUUGGGUGAAGACAAAGGGUUUUACUACCAAGCGACCUGAUGGUUUUGAGGAGGCACCCGGUAGUCGACGGCGCCUCCAACCGCUGCCCACCACAGCUGUACUCUCUGAUAACCCUGGCGCCGUCGAUUUGUUUGCAGCAUCCGCUAGCAAGGACUUUGGUCGUCGCAUCUACCGCAAGGUAGCUUGCGUAGAAGAAUUCUUUGAUAUCAUCUACAACGUGCACAUGGAAUUGGGCGGACGCAGUUUAGUGCUUUGAAGAAGCACCUCGUUGCUGAUCACCGAAACCUAUGCAUUUCUGCCUCGUGAAGCUGUCACUCGUUUUCUAACUAUUUGCCCGGAGUGCAAGAAGAACCUGAGACCCUCCUCGCCUACGGUUGGCUGCAAGGACUCUGAGUUGGCUGGCAAUGAGAGCUCAUCGGAAGUGGAAAAUUAUUUGAGCUAUUCUUCGCAUACGGAGAGCUCCCUGGAGACGGGUCCUACGGCCAAGCGACGUCGCCAUUCGAGCGCUGAUCUCAAAGCGUAUACGCCAUUGGCCGCUGGAUCUGUUUCCAGCAGUGCCAGUGCCACCCAGCUGAAUGCCAUCGCAGCACCACCGUCAAUCCCUACAACCAUAGUUUCGACUGUGGCCCCGUCACACACUAAAGUCGAUGUGGCUGCCGAAACGCAGGCGGUCAGCGUGCCCAAGAUACGAGUUAAAGCCCAGUUGCAGCGUCCGCUUAGUCCGCCAGCGAUUCCUGCCAAAAUAUUGGCUCCCUUACCUCCCAGUCCUCUACCCGAUCCAUCUCAGCUCCACAGCAUUGACAUGCAGCUGCUGAAGUCGCGGGAUAAUCUUGUCCGUUAUUACGACUUCAUGAGACGCUUCUAUGCCGGUGGCUCAAUGCUCAGCCAACCGGUUUUAGCACCGCCUCUAUACGGCAGUAGUCUUUUACAGAGCCUCAGCUAUCCAACCACCACCUCAACCACCACCAACAGCAUAACGACAGCUAAUAGCAAUCAGCCACAAUCUAAGGAAGUGUCUGUCUCAGCACCUCCCAGGGCAGCUUCUCCGCCGGCAGCUAAUUCUAGUUCUCCACAGUUGAAGACUUCCCCUGACAGCUCGACUCGUGCGCGCUCUCCGAUCGUUUCGAUAGCCACGCCCUUUACACCACAGACACCACACACGCCCAUUAAUUUAACGAAAACUCCAUUUUCCAGCUCCAGAAAUGGACAACCCACAUCGACCUCCACUCCAGUUACCGUCCCACCCCUUAAAAUUGAGCUGCUCAGUCCACCCAAGCCGCUAACAAAUCUACGGAUUCCCCAACUAUUGCUACGUGGCACGGCUCCAGUCGAGCAGCUUCCCAUGCCGCUGCCGCCCUUGGACUUGGAACGACUGAAACCCAUAACAUCUACCUAUUUGCAGCUGACACGCAGCAUGGGUCUAAGCGAUGAGGAUGCCUUGCGGUUCGACAAUCUGGAAACCAUACCAGCAACACCGGCCACAAGCACCGACACCAGCAGCGUGGUUGGUGUAGGCGGUGGCAGCGGUGCGGGAGGAGGGAUCAUCGGUGCCGGCAGUGGACUGGGUGAGAUUGCGAGUAGCCUUGGCGGGGGAGGGGGCGGGGCCGGUGGCGUGGGCAGUGCCAGUAGCAUUGCCAGCGAGUCGGAAGCCUACGCGGGUCUGAUGAAGGAUGCUGACAAGCUGAAACUGAUGCUCCUUGCCUGGAACUACCAAAACUCGACGGCGGUGCGCAAUGGCACCGAAGGUCCCGAUCUGAGCGUUGUGGGUGGCCUCUGGGCGCAGUACCAGAAUGCUCUGGCCCAGAAUGCAGCUGCGGUGGCGGCAGCCACCGGUAAAAUGGACAGCUCAUUGUCGCCAGUGCCAAGACAGGAUACGCACUCGCCGAUGGAGGCCCAGGACGAGACGAACUCGUCGGGACACAAGGAGGAGGACGAGGUUUCCGAAGACGACUCCGAUGACAAACUGGACGAGAAACUGGCCACCACACACGAUCCCGAGCGCCUCAAGGCCUUCAAUAUGUUUGUGCGUCUUUUCGUGGACGAGAACCUGGACCGCAUCAUACCCAUCUCCAAGCAGCCAAAGGAAAAGAUUCAAGCAAUUAUCGACUCAUGUGCCCGACAGUUUCCCGAGUUCAGUGAUCGUUCCCGCAAACGCAUUCGCACCUAUCUGAAGUCAUGCCGGCGCAACAAAAAGACACGCGAUGGCUGGGAGAAUACGACACGACCGACGCCCGCUCAUCUGACCUCCGUGCAGGCGGAACAAAUCCUGGCGAUUGCCUGUGAGAAUGAGUCGAUGAAUGCGAAGCGAAUGCGGAUUGGCCUGGAGCCAAUUACUCAUGCGGUGCCAGCGCCGGGCAGCGUUGUGGCAGCUGCAGCGGCUGCGGCAGCUGUGGCAGGUACCAGCACCACGUCCGCGAGCAAUGCUGCCACCGUAACCUGUACGGCUGCCGAUGCGGCUGGCCUGACCAGCGUGGCGGCUGCGGCGUUGCCCUUUGUCAGCGCCGUUGGCUUUGCACGCUCCACGCCCAACUCGGAGCAUGCGGAUGUUGCGUUUGGUGGUGCCUCAAACCUUGCUGGCGCCGGCAGUGCAGGUGGCAACAGCACUAGCGGUGCUGCUGGCGGUGGCACUGGAGGCAUGAGCUCGGCGCGCAGCUCACCGUUGGCGUUGAGCUCGAAUGCCAGCGUUGGUGGCGCCAGUGUAACGGGAUUGGCGCUAGCCAACGGCGCUGGGGCAUCGAAUGGCGCCGGCCUGCCCUCCAGCAGUCCAUACACCACGGAUUUCAGCUCGCCCUCUGCAGCCUCUCCAUUUGUUGCAGCUGCUGCGGCAGCGGCUGUGGCAGCCGGACGUGCGCCUAGCUAUCCGGGCUACUUUCCGGGCGUUGCCGGUCUGGGUAAUGCUACGCCCACCGAUCUCUCCAUGAAGCCGACGGCACUUGUCGCUGGCGUGGGUCUGGCUGGCAGCGGCAACAGCAACAAUAACAACAGCAAUGCUGUCAGCGCACAGCUGAGUGCUGCCAACUUGGCCACGCUGAGCAACGCCAGCAACAACAAUGUGCUGGCAAGCGCCACACAGCAGUUGCAACAGCUUCAACAACAGCAGCAACAGCAACAGCAGCAGCAACAACAACAGCAACAACAGCAGCAGCAACAGCAACAACAACAGCAACUGCUCUCCACGUCCGGGGAUGCCAACUGCUCCCGAGUGCCACCUAUUCUCCCACACAAGCUGAGUCCCAACGAGGUGACCGCUGCCCGGCAGGUCAUAUCGGCGUAUAGGGAGAGCGCCGCGUUUCUGCUGCGCACCGCCGACCAGGUGGAGCAGCUGUUGGUGCAGCAGCAGUAGGCUGCAGUGCAGCAAGCCAUUUGGUGGCCAGCAUUGGGCCACUUUCCACACCCAAGUGACGCGAGGCGCGCGCGGGUUGUUCCUAUUUAAAGUUAAAUUUAAAUUGAAUUACACACAGCAACAAAACACAGCAACUAAGCAAAUUAGAAAGCGAAAGCAAAAAAAUAGUCAAA